AUGUUUGCAGCUUCUCUUCAUCGUUGGAAUAACGUUUGUAAUCGGCAUUCAUCGAACACUUGUGUUCUUCUUCGAAGUUCGCAAGCUGAAAGGAAGCAUUCUUUUCUUUGGAGGUAUUUUCAUUGUCUUGUUUGGUUGGCCUCUUUUUGGUAUCAUUCUGGAGUUCUGGGGAUUCGUUUUGCUGUUCGGCGGAUUCCUCCCUGGUAUUGUUAA